UCACUGUCCCCGGUCACAUGACCUGCAGCGAGUCACGUGAUCGGCGCUCCAUUCUCGCCAUUUUGAUGCCAGAGAGAAGCACUUUUACACCACAGGAAUAAAAAAAAGCUGCGCAUCACGAGCUCCGAGGCCAAAGAUCAGACACAACUGCCGCAUCAGAAUGGAGGACAGCAGUGGAGUUGCUGUCCUUGUGCCUCACUCUAGAGGCCAGCGGGAUACCGUCUUCAUUCCCGACAGAUGUCUUCAUGGUGCAGAGGACCAGCAACGGCAGCAUCAAAAGCAGGCUGCUGACUCUCUUAUUCAGGUCAUUGAGAAGCUCAGCAAGAUUGUGGAAAAGCGGCCCAAGCGAUGCACUGUCUCUGGGAAAAAGAGACCCUUGAUGACCUGUGCUUCUGUACCUGUUCCGGACAGCACUGAAGGGCUCACACCUUGUAAGAGAUCCAGAGAACAAAGAGACGACCGCCUGACAUCCAGCAGCACACCUGGGCACAUGUUGGAACCCGAGCCUUCAAGGUUAGGCACUCGGACGGUCACCUGCUACCAGUGCAGUAUGUGCCGAUUUGUCUCCCCUACAUUGGAGCUGUUGAAAGAGCAUCUGCUGCUUCAUGACGAGCAGCACAGUGACCUCAUCCUCAUGUGCUCAGAGUGCCAGUUCACUUCAAACCAUCAAGAGGAGCUGGUGGCACAUAUAAGACUCCACCUGGAGGAGGGCGAUCAUGCCAGACACAUCCUAGAUGAGCAAGGGAUCACAACAGGAAGGAGCUCCCACCAAAGGAUGGCAGUUUUGAAGGUGAGCAAUAUGGAAUCAGACAAGACGUCUACACCGAAGAAGUGGUACAGCUUUGAGCAGGGCAGGUACCGUUGUCUCAUCUGUAACUAUGAAUGCAGACAACAGCGGAAUCUGAAGACCCACGCAUGGAAACACGCUGGCUUGGUUGACUGCUCAUACCCCAUAUUUGAAGACGAGACGGACUGUCCUGAUACUUUACAAAGCACCAGUUCUCAUUUGGUUCCAGCAGGUAGGGAGGAUACAAUUGUAGUACUCGCAGCAGUUGGAGGAAAACCUCAGGCGAUUCACGGCUCCUCCAGCGUCCAGCUAGAGCUGUGUACUUCACCAGAAGUGAGGUGUCAUGGGGAGAAGGAAGGUUUGAAAACAGUGGAGACCAAACUCCCGGUGAUUAGUCAAGUUUUUUCUCUUAAAGACCCAGAGGAGCCCUUGAUGGAGGUGCAGGUGACACCAGAAGCACAAAUGGAGCUGGAGUUGGAGACUGAGAGCCAACAAGCAAGCUCUGACAGCCUCCUGUCCUCUGCACAGAAGAUUAUCAACUGCAGUGGCAACAGUGCCGGCCACGUCAACGUCAUCGUGGAACGCCUUCCCUGUGCAGAGGAACCGGUGUCCAGCAAACCUCUGCUCCUCAGCCCAGAUGUAGAAGGAGACAAGACCCUUCUUUCCUCUGAGGAGCCAGAUUUAGAGAGCCAACACCUCCCUGUAUACUACAAACAAAAGGAGGAGGUUGUGAUUGCCUGGAAUGGAGAGGAUCGACAACAGGAGGAAGAGUCAGUGUCUUUGGGUUCUCCCUCGGAUGAAAACGUGCCACCGGUUCGGAGGAGGACUUACUCCGAGUCACUUCGGCUGCAUUCUUUGGCAGCCGAAGCAUUGGUGGCCAUGCCCAUGAGGGCCCCAGAGCUCAGCAAAACCACUGCAAAAGAUAUCCAUGACCUGAGUACUCAAAGCCCUGACACAGGCCAGAGAAUUAUAGAGAUUGCUGAUAGCUCCAGCCUUAAGGCGUCUUCAGAAGAACUCGCUGCUGCAGUUGGAGAUGCAGGCGCACUUCUUAACAUUGGCCUCCAGAGUUCAAAAGACUCGCGAGAUGUGCUGGCCGAGGGACCCUCGAAAGCUGGAAUCAGCAUGUCUCUUUUGACUGUCAUUGAGCGCCUGCAAGAGCGUUCAGACCAAAACACUUCAGAUGAGGACAUUCUGAAGGAAUUGCAGGACAAUACCCAAAGCCAACAUGCAGGUGGUGUCCCUGGGGGUGCUGCUGUGCCUAGUGACAUUUCCACUACAGACGGUCUGGUGGAAUAUAUUGCUGGGAGCGAAAGGCCCUACCGCUGUCGACAGUGCCUGUACAGCAGCGGAAACAAGGGUUACAUAAAGCAGCACCUACGUGUACAUAGACAGAGACAGCCCUACCAGUGCCCCAUCUGUGAGCAUAUCGCCUGUGACAGCAAGGACCUGGAGCGUCACAUGAUCCACCACUUCAAGCCUCGCAUGUACAACUGCAAACAGUGCACAGAGAGGUUCCACUACAAGAGUCAGCUGAGAAACCACGAGAGAGAUGGGCAUGGAAUAGACGACAUGAGCAGCACACUGAACCACGUCGCUGAAAGCACAACAAUCAUCGAAGACUCAGCCAAGAUAACAGAUGAAGAUUCGGUUGGCGAGCAGAGCAUUUUCAAAUGCGACGUGUGUGACUACACCAGCUCCACAUAUGUUGGGGUGCGCAAUCAUCGGCGAAUCCAUAACUCUGAUAAACCAUACAGGUGCAGCAACUGUGAUUUCGCCACAACUAAUAUGAAUAGCCUGAAGAGCCACAUGAAGAGACAUCCACAGGAACACCAAGCCAUGCAGCUGCUGGAGCAGUACAGGUGCUCGCUGUGUGGUUAUGUGUGCAGCCACCCACCAUCUCUCAAAUCUCACAUGUGGAAACACGCUGGAGAUCAGAAUUACAACUAUGAGCAAGUCAACAAGGCCAUCAAUGAGGCCAUUUCCCAGAGCAGCCGUCUCCUACUACACCUCUGAAGUCAACACAUGAGACUGUGGUGGAGCGUCCAUAUGUUGUCUUGAGCAGAAAAGACAAACAGUCACCUGAGGUGGCUUCUGCUACUGGCGGGCCAGAGGGCAACUCUGUGAGGUCAUCGUCCAGCCGGGAGCAGGCCGGUGGGGCUGUGGCAUGGAGGAGCAGCUCGGGGCAUACACGGCCAGGUAUGGAAUACUGUGUGCUGCUCUUUUGCUGCUGUAUCUGUGGCUUCGAGUCCACAAGUAAAGAGCAGCUGAUGGAGCACAUGAAGCAGCAUGAGGGAGAUCUGAUCAGCAUCAUACUGAGCAAGGAGCAGCAGGGAAAUCAGCCCACAGAGACCAGCAGCAGCCAGUAACACACACUUUUUAAUACAUACUGUUCUUACAUAAUUUCUGCUUGGACAAACAACAUGCAUUAUACAUGCAACAUUUAUUUGUUUUUGUUUUUUUUCUGUCAAUCUAUCUUUGUAAUGACAUUAGUUUCCGUUACUGUUAUUGACCAUAGAUGUGUGAUUUCAGAGAAUCAGAUAGUUAACAAAUGAAAUUUACUUUAGUAGUAGAGCAGAGGAAAGAGAAAACUUUUGUUUUGAAUUAUGCAAACUGGUGAACUUCAAGGGUUUUGUAUACCUCAUCUGUUCACAAUAUACAUUGCAGAGUCCACACAUUAUGAAAAUGAGGCAGCUUCUCUCAUUCACUGUAAUAUUAUUUAUAUCUAUAUUACUUAUGUGCGUUUACCUUUAAGGCGGCACUUGCCUUGCCGCAUUUUGAGUGUGGAGAGGCAGAUUUCUUCUUGCUCUCCAAUGUGUGUCAGUUUUGCAUUGAUAUUUAUCAAACUAAUUUAUUUUAUAUGCAUGCUCCGUUAUGUUCAUACAAAAUUAGAAAAUGUGUUUUUAGUUAUAGUCUAAUUAUGGUGCUACUGGUCUUGCGCUCAGAAAUGAGGGAGAGAGAGAAGUCAUCAUUGGGUAUGUAUCUUAAAAUUGUAUAUAAAUGUUAUAUAAACAUUAUAUAGAAUGAAUUUAACUGUGUUCUCAUUGAAACAGCACAAGUUUAAAAUUGGCCCUAUUUAAAAAAUUAACUUUUAGAAACAUGCAGCAGAAAAAAAGGAUCAAUGUAUAGAUUAUUUAUGAUUAUUAUUGAUAUUAUUAUUGUUGUUAUUAUUAAAAUAUACAUAUUGAAAUGUCAAGCUUUAAAAAAGUUAAAAUGCCAAAACUUGAAGACAAGUUUCUUCACUUUCUAUUUUCAUAAUCUUCUUUCCCUUUAGUUCUAUUUGUAUUAUUUGUAUUUUUUCCCCUUUUUUAUCUGCUGUAAUGAUAGAAAAUCUAUACUUGUAACUGGGUAAUGGGUUCAAAAUGAAAUGUAUCCAUAAAGAGCAGCAGUAGUUUAUAGGGUUGUCACAAUGCAGAGGAUGUUCUGUUAUUUUUAUUUUUUUUAAAACAGUUUACAAAUAUAUAUACAAACACACAUACUGUAAUAAUAUUAUAGGUUAAUAUCGUUCUGAAUGUUUUGGAAUGCCGUUUUCUUUGAAAGCUCAAGGGAGAAGUCAGAGUGUGACGCUGUCAAAUUAAAAAGUAGUUCAUGUUUUAAUUCCUGCAUUGUUAUCUCCUGUGUGAACGGCAUCUGAAGCACAUGUCAUUGCUGAAUAUUAGCCAUGGAUGCUGCUCCAAAACUGAGUUCUACUCAAGCUGAUCAUGUUACUACCGACUGGAAAAUACGGGGACGCAGCCAGUAUUUUGAGGCUUGGGCAUCGUGAUACUACAUCAGCACCGGUAUAUUGUGAAAGCCUAGUAAUUGAGAUAUUGCUUAAUCACUACCUCAAAUUUACUACUUUUGUUCCCUGCUCUUUUGACCUCAACUUUAAGGCCCUCAAUCUGACUUUAUAUGCAGCAUAUUUUCCAGGGGAUGAUUUGCAUACACUUAAUGCUUGUAUGUCAACAGUCUAAAAUGCAAAAUUAGCAUGAUUAAAAGGGCAUCUAUAAUUCAUUCAGGCUCCACAGUGCCCAGUGUAUCAGAGAAAUUAACUUUUAGGAAUUAAAUCAUAGGAAUUUACAUACUUGAUUAUUAUAUUCUGAACCUAAUGUAUUAAUUUACAAUUCAAACUGCAAAUGUGACUGAAAUAGGAGCAUGGUCUGCAUAUAAAUCAUGUCACAUGAUUUUACUGUGACACUGAAACAUUUACCAGUAUUAAAAUUGCUUUCUCACUUCAUUUCAUUGUUUUAGCACAUAAGCAUCUGUUAAGUGUUUGUUUCAGAGGAUGUGUUGUCUUGUUUAUUUCCAUAAUGCUCACUUGCCACUUUCCAAGUAAUGGCUUCAAAGAGAGAUUGAGCUUCCUAGAAGGUUCAUUUUGUGUUCCAGCUUCUUCAUCUUAUUUUUUAUUCUAUCACGCUGCUGAUGUAGUCCGAAUUGAUCAAGAUCCUACCAGUUGGUAUUAUCCCUUUUAUUUUCUCUGUCUGUCAGCAGGAAUUGGCAGACACCCUGUACACAUUGUAUUCCAGCAAUCUUCCAGUAGUUGUUUCUCAUUUCUUCCUAGAACAAUUGCAAUACAUCUGGAAUGUUUUUUUUUCUUCUUCUUCUUUUUCUAAAGAUACACAAUAUGUUUCAAAUAAUCAGCAGGGCCUAGUGAGACAAUGGUGUUGUCUUUCACGAUGAGUCACAAGAUUUGGUAAUCAUCGCGAGGACAGCAUCUCAGCCACAAAUGUGCCUUCCAUUUCAAUAGCCUCAUCUUUGAAUAAGCUUCAGUCGAGUUCAGAAAUGUACCAUAAAUCCUAAGCCAAGUAGUCUCCCUGUAUCGAGUGCUUUGGUAUCUUGGAUUCUGUAUAAUGUGCCCUCAAAAAUUGUGUAAUGUAUUCGGACACAUGGUACUGUACAAGUUUUGUAUGUGACUUGCUGUAUAUAUAUAUAUACUGUAGAAAAUUGACAUUUUUUAGAGAAAUUCUAUUUUUUAAAAUUUGUAUAAACACUACAGACAGAAAAAGAAUAAAAAGAAAAGCAAAUUAAUCAAAAAAUGAUAUUUGACUCAAAAAUGAAUAAAAAAGGGUCUUUACUGCGUGUAAGGGAACAGUUGGCAUUCGAAACUCCAAACAAGCACAUCGUGUUACAUGCUGCAAUGCCAAAGGAGAGAAAAAAAAACUUAGGAAUUUUUCCUUUUCAAGUACAGAGGUCCAAAGGUCCCUGUUUUAAUAUUAGUGUUCCAUUAAUAAUUAUUUAUUUGUUCUUUUGAAACUGUAAUGUUAUGAUUUUUGCCAGUGUAUUUUUGGUAAUAAAGUAUGAACAACAGUCA